AUGAACGCGGCUGCCAGCAGUUACCCGAUGGCAUCGCUGUACGUGGGUGACCUGCACCCCGAUGUCACCGAGGCCAUGCUCUACGAGAAGUUCAGCCCCGCUGGGCCCGUUCUCUCCAUUCGUGUCUGCAGGGAUAUGAUCACCCGCCGGUCCCUUGGGUAUGCCUACGUCAACUUCCAGCAGCCAGCAGAUGCUGAGCGUGCUCUAGAUACCAUGAAUUUUGAUGUGAUCAAAGGAAAACCCAUUCGCAUCAUGUGGUCUCAGAGGGACCCCUCCUUGAGGAAGUCAGGGGUUGGGAAUGUCUUCAUUAAGAACCUGGACAAAUCCAUUGAUAACAAGGCACUUUAUGACACAUUCUCAGCGUUUGGGAAUAUUUUGUCCUGCAAGGUGGUGUGUGAUGAGAAUGGCUCUAAGGGCUACGCCUUUGUGCACUUUGAGACCCAGGAUGCCGCAGAUAGAGCCAUCGAGAAGAUGAACGGCAUGCUGCUAAACGACCGCAAAGUAUUCGUUGGGAGAUUCAAGUCUCGUAAAGAGCGGGAGGCUGAGUUAGGAGCCAAGGCGAAGGAAUUCACCAAUGUUUAUAUUAAAAACUUUGGGGAUGACAUGGAUGAUGAAAGACUAAAGGAGCUCUUCAGCAAAUAUGGUAAAACUCUGAGUGUUAAAGUCAUGACAGACCCCACUGGGAAAUCCAAAGGCUUUGGCUUUGUAAGCUUUGAAAAGCAUGAAGAUGCUAACAAGGCAGUAGAAGACAUGAACGGAAAGGAUAUCAAUGGGAAAAUGGUAUUUGUAGGCCGAGCACAGAAGAAGGUUGAGCGCCAGGCAGAGCUGAAACGGAAGUUUGAACAGCUAAAACAAGAGAGACUCAGCCGAUACCAGGGUGUUAACCUGUACAUUAAAAACCUAGAUGACACUAUAGAUGAUGAAAAACUGAGGAAGGAAUUCUCACCUUUUGGGUCAAUAACAAGUGCCAAGGUGAUGCUGGAAGAUGGACGGAGCAAAGGGUUUGGCUUUGUCUGCUUUUCCUCUCCAGAGGAAGCUACGAAAGCUGUGACAGAGAUGAACGGGCGAAUUGUGGGCUCAAAGCCGUUGUAUGUUGCACUUGCCCAAAGGAAAGAAGAGCGAAAGGCCCAUCUCACUAAUCAGUACAUGCAGCGCAUCGCUGGGAUGAGAGCCUUGCCUGCCAACACAAUCAUUAAUCAGUUCCAGCCUGCUGCUGGGGGAUAUUUCAUGCCUGCUGUGCCCCAGGCUCAGAGCAGACCCACUUACUAUGCACCCAGUCAAAUGACGCAGAUGAGACCCAACCCACGCUGGCAGCAAGGAGGAAGGCCUCAAGGCUUCCAGGGAAUGCCAAAUGCCAUGCGCCAGUCUGGACCACGGCCAGCACUGCGCCAUCUGGCCCCUGCCGGCAAUGCUCCGGCCUCUCGUGGCCUCCCUGCCGCUGCCCAGCGAGUUGGCGUCGGCACCGCAGCGCAGAAUUUAGCUCCUCGCCCACCAGUAGCUGCCCCUGCUCCCCGAGCGGUUCCUCCCUAUAAAUACGCCUCAAGUGUCCGCAGCCCACACCCAGCGGUCCAGCCCUUGCAGGCACCUCAGCCUGCAGUACAUGUGCAGGGACAGGAACCGCUAACGGCCUCCAUGCUGGCUGCUGCCCCUCCCCAGGAGCAGAAACAGAUGCUGGGAGAACGUUUGUUCCCUCUGAUUCAAGCUAUGCACCCCAGCCUUGCCGGGAAGAUCACAGGAAUGCUGCUAGAGAUUGACAACUCCGAGCUGCUGCACAUGCUCGAGUCUCCAGAGUCCCUCCGGUCAAAGGUGGAGGAGGCCGUUGCAGUGUUGCAGGCUCACCAAGCCAAGAAAGAAGCUGCCCAGAAGGUGGGUGUGGUUGCUGCUACCUCUUAAACCCAGGAAGACUGGAUGCAAAGAAGCCAAAUAGCCCAUUCAUAGACAUCAGCUCAAGAUGUUUGAAGAUUCUUCACUGUCCUGCAGAUUUCAAUGCCAUGCAUCAUAUCACAUAGUUAUAUUGCAUUUUGUAAAUUAAUCUUUAAGAUCUUAUUUAAAAAGCCAACUCUGAAGCUCUAGAUUUCCAAAACCAGAAUUGGGCUUGCAAGCUUUUCCUUUGUGGUCAGAGCAGAGCCACUCUUUGUGUCUUCUAAGGAGGACAUUUGAGGAUUUUAGGUUGAAAGUAUUUUAUGGUUCAUUUAACUGAUGAACAAUCCUGUUUGGAAAGUCUGGAAAGCAUUUAUCAAUAAAGGAAUAAACUU